AUGGCCUUCAUCAACAGGCUAGUCAACGCCAUGUACAGGAGCUGUGUGGCUGUAGUGGCCACACCAGGUACUGAUUUUGAACCCCCCAGCUGUGAUGUCUUCUGGUGCCUCCCCAAAUUCACAAUUCGCAAAAACAUUCCCCAGACUGUUAAUUUCAUUCACCACAACAUGAAAACAUGGCUCUUUAGAAGAUUCCAUAAUCCUCGUGCGAAAUGGUGGAGCAUACCAUCUUUGGUAAUUGUCGCGCUCCUGUAUGUGUGCUAUGUGUGUCGGAGAGAACAACCACAAGCCAUCCGAAACACAUCAGACCUUACAUGGAGAAAUGCUAGUUUGCGGAACAUCCUGGUUAAUAACACAAUUUCCGGAGAAUUACAGAAACGAGUACGGAUCUUAUGUGUUGUCCCAACAACGAUCCAGAACGAACAUACGAAAGUCCAUGCAGUGAAUGCGACGUGGGGGGCAAGAUGUAACAAACUGCUGUUCGUGUUUGUUGCCCACCAUUCCAAGUUCAAUCAUAUAUCAUUGGACGUCCUCGACGGUCGCGAUCAUCUGACAGCCAAAACUAUGCAAGCUUUGGAAACGGUUUACAAGGAAUACGGUGAUGCCUACGACUGGGUCCUGAAAGCGGACGACGACAGUUAUGUGAUCAUGGAAAAUCUACGUUUUCUUUUAUCAAAAUUUUCCCCACUUGAACCGGUUUACAUUGGUUAUCAUUUUAAGGUUUUGGUUCACAAUGGUUAUAUGAGUGGGGGCGGAAGUUAUGCUAUUAGUAAGAAAGCUCUACGCUUGCUUGUUGAGAAAGGCUUUGGAGAGGAUGAACCUUGCGCUAAAGACGGUAACGAUGAGGAUGUGGAUGUUGGUCGCUGUAUGGAGACGAUAGGCGCCAAAGCCUACGUGUCUUAUGACAAGUUUGGAAGAGACACAUUUCACCCUCAACGAAUUGAACAGCACAUAAUCGGUCCUUUACCAUGGUAUCUCAAAGUGUAUCCGGCUCACCCAGUCCAAGCAGGUCCGGAGUGCUGCAGUCAGUUAUCCAUCAGCUUCCAUUACGUCUCGUACCACCUGAUGUACAUCAUCGACAUCCUCCUCUACAGGAUCACCGUCUACGGCAACUACGACCCCCCAAUAGGAGACUUUGAGGAUAUGUUUUUCAAAAGAGUAUCAGAAAUACAACAUAAAACCAAAGAUGAGGUUUUCGCAAAUUAUAUUCCAGAGGAUAUUCCAGACUUCGUACCACAAGAACUUGAAUAAUCCAAGCCAAAAGAGUAACCAGUUUGAACAGUAUUGUAGUUAUAUCAUGGCGUAUCAGAAUGAAGUAGGAAGAAAAACAAAGGUGACUUCGGUGGAAGCGUCGUCAAUACUUCAUGGAUUUGAACACCCUACGUUCCUUCAUCCCCGGUGUAUUCAUAAGGCUGCUAUUCCCUAUAACAAUGAUGCGUGUCAAUUCUAUUCAGGUAAUGAAAUGGGGAUAUGUGUAACUCAUUGAAUUCCCUAUAACAAUGAUGCAUGUCAAUUCUAUUCAGGUAAUGAAAUGGGGAUAUGUGUAACUCAUUGAAGUUAAAUGAACCCCAAUUACGUGCAUAAUAACUAUUAUGGCUGGGCCGAGUCAAGAAUUACUACCCGGGUACCCACCCCCUACUACCCGACCCUCCCCGGAUACACACUGUAGGCCUCAAGAGAUAGGUACAAAAUGUCCGAUUGGGAAUCUUUUUACUAUAACCCUGGCAAAACUUAUUGAGACACAUGAAUUAAACAUUCUGGUCAUGCAUACACUGAAGUUGACUUAAGUUAUAUCUUUAUUCAACCAUAUUAAAAGUCAGAUGGAAUGGGUGCAUAUUUUUUGUCAUUAAACAAUGUUCUGUGGGUACCCGGGUCCUACUCAGUAGCCACCCAAAUAAAAUAACAUAUUGUAGGCUUCUUGGGGGUCCUCAUGAUAUUGAUAAUAUUUUACACCAGUAUCCAACACUAUGAACAAGUGAGUUUAUAUACAUUGGAUAUCGGCCACAUUCACCAUAAACUAUAGCAUUUGGUAUAUGUGGUCCUUUUUGUAAGAAGUUUUUAUAAGCCAGUAAGUGUAUUGUCUCUGCGCUCUCAGAUCUAUUGAUCCCCCAAAUUUCAGAUGAUUUCAAAAGAAUCGGACUAAUCUGACAAUCAAAUAAGGUUGAGAACACUUUGGGGGCAGUAGUUGAUAUUGUUCUUGUUGUCGUAAGUAACUCAAAUGAAGCCUUUUUGGCACGUAGGACUAGAUCAGCAACAUAUUAACUGAGGCUAUACUUACAAGUGAAGACUAAUCCUAUAUAUCGAUAAGUAUUAACAACCUCUAAAACUUGACCUCUAUAACACCAAACUUUAGCUUUAACUGAUACGUUUCCUCCUCUUCUAAACACAAUAACAUUUGAUCUGUGCAAGUUAACAGUCAUUCCCCACUUAUCUGCAUGUGUAUCUUAAAUAUUUAUCUGACGCUGUAAACCACAUAUAGUAUCAGAAACGACAAUUACAUCAUCAGCAAAUAACAACAUUAAUACUUCUACUAUAUCUGGAAAGAGUAGAAUCCCAUGAGUUCCAUUUGCCGUAACAUCUGUAGCUAAUUCUUUUAUUAAUAAUGUGAAUAGCACAGGGAUCAGCAUACAUCCUUGUCUUAAAGCCUUUGCCCUAUUUUCUGUUGGCACUCACGUUGCCAGUAUCUACAGGUACUCUUGUAUUUGUUUCUCAACUUAAAAUAUUGUAUUCUGCUUGAAGAACACUUGUCAUUUUUUAAGUGUAUUGAACUACGCUUGGCUUCCAUCUAUGCUAUGUGACAGUCCGGUCCAUAAAAAUCAAACUUUCUGGAAUUAAUGACAACUUUCUUGUUAAUACAUUGCGCUGAUCUAUAUAUACAACUGACAAACAUGUCUAAAGCUUCAUUAACUUCUCUCUCUAUAUAUAAUAUUAACAAAGUCUGUAACAUAGUGUUUUAGGGCCAUCAUGGUGGCUAUAAAAGUGUCAGCAUGCAACUUAUUCCAGCCAUACUUUACAGGACAUGGUAUGUUUUCUACUGGUAUGAUAUCCUUUACAAUAUCUUUGAAAUAUAAGACUACGGGCAUAUGCUUGCUCUCAAUUCUGUUAUCUACUGUUAUGUUUUUGUAGUAGCUAAAAAGUUCAACAGAGGAAAUGAAAUAAUCCAUGCCACUACAUCCUUGUUCAGAGAUGUAAGUUAAAGAACCACCACUAUCUCCGGCAACACGACUACUGAGUAUAUCUAAUCUAAAUAUAAAGCAAAAAUUUAAAAGUAAAUUGACAAAUCUAUUUACACAACCAUGACAUGAAUAUUUCUCACGGGCUCAUCUUCUGGAGCUCGGGCUCAUCUUGAAAAAAAAUCUCUGAUCGCUUCAUUAUGUACAAAAACAGGAGGCUGAUUUCCACAGCCGACUCCGGCGUUAAAAUCCCCCACAACUGAAUAUGAGCGUCUGCAUCAAUGCUUUGACUAUCAUACAACCACUGCUCUAAACGUUCUAAUAACAUCGGGUCCCUUGUAACACUAUCCUAUGUCGACCAACAAGAAGGAGCAUGCGCUACUAUCAGUAGGAGAUCUUUAUCUAUAUCAUCGUGCAAUAAGGCAUGAUUGACUUCUUAA